CUAGCAUUUGUUUAUUUUACCACUGUGAACUUGCAUUGUUUAAUGGCGGUGCCAUACGUAAAUGCAGUCAUCUUCACUAAAUUGCGUCUUUUGAACAGUCGCAAUUCUUGUCAAUACAGUCAAAGGGUGGCUGUGGUUGAUAACUCUGUCCAUUGGAACAGUUGUCACACAUUCCAAUGCAAAAUGCGAACGAAUCCCGAAACAAAUCUUUUAGAGAGCUGUAAACUGAAGGUGUCCGUUCGUAUGGAGAGUGAAGGCGGCAAGUCAUUCCACAAGAUUGGCUACGUGAUCGUCGAUUUGGCGUGUUUCGCGGCCAGCGGCUACGUGCGCUGUCGUCGACGCUACCUCCUACAAGGCUACGCAGGGAAGCGCCAGGACAACUCACUCCUCGUCAUGUCUUUCACUUGCCAACAGGUCUUCGGAAACACCUGCUUCCGAGUGUGA